UCUGAAGCUGCCAAAGACACCAGGUUCAAAUAGAAUCCAUCCUUACUCUUUCUUUAGCUUUGUUUAUAUUUAUAGCCACAUGAUAAAUAAAAAAUCAGUCCAUCGCCAUUCCAGCACAUCCAUGCUCUUCAUCAUAUGUUUCGAGCACCAAACACUUUGUGCACAUUGGCAAACUUAUGGGGCUGAUCUCCUGGGAAGUAUGGAGCAAAAACACAUUCUGGGCUGCAUCUUCUCCUCAAAAGCUUGCAGGCCGCGCAUGGAGACCAUGAUGAAGAAGAAGACUCACCAGCUUGGGGAAAAACUCCUUUACAACUCCCCUCCUUCAUUCCCUCAAGAACUGUAAAUUUACUACCUUUGCUUACAUAUGGGACAAUGAAAU